AUGUUGGUGGAUACAGUAGAGGCGUCGGCGGUGCCCGUCAGAGAAAAGGAUGGCCAUCAAAGCGACGAGGAGUCGCUGCUCCACAAGGUGUUGAGAGCUGGCCGUGUCGAGGAGCGAGGCAUCCUGCCGGUGCCCGUUGAAGAGCGCAGUUCAACACGCUUCUUCAACAUCUUUACUGUCUGGUUCUCCAUAAACGCAAACAUUCUGGGCAUCACCUUUGGCAUGUUGGGACCCCUGGCGUACAAUCUCAGCCUCAGGGACUCGUCUCUUGUCAUCUUGUUCUUCUGUAUGCUGUCCACUAUACCCCCGGCGUUCCUUGCCAUGUUGGGGCCCAAGACGGGCAUGAGGCAAAUGAUCCAGGCCCGGUACAGCUUUGGACGAUACAUUGUAUCAGUACCAGUGCUCCUGAAUCUGGCUAGCAUGACCGGUUUCACUGUCAUCAUCUGCAUCACGGGUGGACAGUGCCUCUCUGCCAUCUCCAACGGGUCUAUCAACGAAGACGCAGGCAUCGUCAUUAUUGCAGUAUUGUCCCUGUUAGUCUCAUUUUGCGGCUUCAGGGUGCUGCACAUUUAUGAGACGUAUGCGUUCAUCCCGGCCAUCAUCAGCGUUGUCAUUGCUACUGGCUGUGCUGGCUCUGGCCUCAAGAAGCAGGCCGCCCCUGAAACGCCUGCCACUGCUGCCAACGUCCUCAACUUUGGUAUGAUCAUUGCCAGCUACCAGAUCCCCUGGGCUGCUCUAGCAAGUGACUUUACCACUUAUUUCGAUCCCAAGGUUCCAUCAUGGCGAGUUUUCCAAUAUACUUACUGGGGCCUGCUCAUCCCGACCGUGCUGCUCAUGGUUCUCGGUGCGGCUGUUGCGGGAGCCAUGCCCAACAACCCCGAGUGGCAAACUGCAUUUGACGAGUACUCGGCUGGUGGUGUUCUUGCGGCCAUGCUGGCGCCUGCAGGAAACUUUGGCAAAUUCAUCGUCGUGGUGCUCGCGCUUACUUUGCUGGGAAAUACUUGUGGCACGUUUUAUGCCAUUACGCUCAACUUUCAAACUUUGGCGCCGUGGCUGUUCAAGGUGCCUCGAUACCUGUUCGCCAUCGUCAUCACUGGCAUCAUCAUCGCAGUGGCCAUCACCGCUGUUGGCGACUUCUUCGAGAGCUUGGAGAACUUUGUGUCCCUUAUCGGCUACUGGUCUGCGGCAUUUGUUGGAAUCGUCAUUGUUGAGCACGUGGUGUUCCGCCGCCAGGACUAUAGCUCAUAUGACCACGCCAUCUGGAGCGACGCAAAGAAGCUGCCUCUUGGCAUCGCGGCCUUGUCGAGCGGUAUUUUGUGCUUUGGGUUGGUCGUUCCAUGCAUGGACCAGGUGUGGUGGCAAGGUCCGAUUGCCAAGACCACUGGAGACAUUGGUUUCGAGAUGGCGUGGGCAGUGAGUUCAUUGAUCUAUGUGCCUCUGCGUUACUUGGAGAAGCGGCUUACGGGCCGGUAA